CGAAUGUGUUGGUCCAAUAAUUUAGUGCAAAAACCAUCUUCUUUUUUCUGCUUUCUCGUAUAGCAUCCUGUUUUGGGAAACAUUUUUUUUUGAGGGAAUCAGAAAAUGUCAUCGGAGAACGGGAAAAGGUUGCUGGAAACUGAUGCCGGCGGCUUGAAUUUUGAGGCUACCGAGCUGACUUUAGGGUUACCUGGAGAGCCUAGAGUAACAUCGGACGGUGGAGCUAAGUUGGGCAGUAAACGUGGAUUUUCCGAAACCGUUGAUCUUAAGUUGGGUGACAACAAUCGAGAGGUUAAGCUGGGUCACUCCCUCCAAGAAGCUGCUAAGUCUCCUGUUUCAAAGACACAAGUGGUGGGUUGGCCGCCGGUGAGAGGCUUUGCAAAGAGAGGAAAGAAGAGUUGCAAAUAUGUAAAAGUGGCGGUGGACGGUGCUCCAUAUUUAAGGAAAGUUGAUCUCGAGAUAUACAAUAGUUAUCAGCAGCUGUUAACCUCCCUUGAAGACAUGUUUUCAUGUUUCACCAUAAGAAACUAUUUGAACGAGAAGAAAAUAGAGCAAGUGAAUGGAAUUGAGUAUAUGCCUACAUAUGAGGAUAAGGACGGAGAUUGGAUGUUGGUGGGAGAUGUACCAUGGCAAAUGUUUGUUGAAUCUUGCAAACGCUUAAGGUUAAUGAAAAGUUCAGAGGCAGUUGGAUUAGGUCUAACGACAGGUCCAAAAUACUCAAGCACAAAUUAAAGAAAGAAGCCUUUUUAAUUCAAGCAUCCGAGAAAGAAAUCAUAAAGAAUUGUACAGAGGCUUUUUUGCUUUGUUUGAACUUUUUUUUACCUGGCGAGCAGGGUUUUUGACUAAGAUAUAGACUGCCAAAUUGCAAGAAACAUAAAUUAAAUAAGCUGUAAUUGUAGUGCAUUGAUGUUGUGGGCUUUUUUCUCCACAUUACUUAAUCAUCUCUUCUUCCUUUGUUUUCAUUUUUCUUAAUAAAAGGAUUCAUUUCAAACUUAA